GCGGCGCUGGCGGAGUGGGGCGCGGGCGCGCGGUGCUGGGUGCGCGCCGCCGCCCCUCCGGCCCAGCUCGCCCGCCGGUCCUCUCGACCCCCCUUGGACCGCUCUCAUCGCCCCCAACCCUCUCCUCUCCUCUGCCCGGCGGCCCGGCAAGUGAGACGCUGGUUCUGAGGGAGCACUAUGGCACUGUUUCUGGAGGCCAAGAAUGCCCAUUCGGUCCUGAAACGAUUUCCUCGUGCCAAUGAGUUCCUGGAGGAGCUGCGCCAGGGUACCAUCGAGCGGGAGUGUAUGGAGGAGAUCUGCAGCUACGAGGAGGUCAAGGAGGUGUUUGAGGACAAAGAGAAAACGAUGGAGUUCUGGAAGGGAUACCCUAAUGCAGUCUACUCUGUCCGAGACCCUGCACAGAGCUCAGAUGCCAUGUAUGUGGUGGUGCCUCUUCUGGGGGUGGCAUUGCUGAUUGUCAUCGCCUUGUUUAUCAUCUGGAGGUGCCAGCUGCAGAAAGCCACCCGUCAUCACCCUUCAUAUGCUCAGAACCGGUACCUAGCAAGUCGCGGCGGGCACAGCCUGCCCCGGGUCAUGGUGUACCGGGGCACUGUGCAUAGUCAGGGGGAGUCCUCUGGGCACCGGGAGGCAGGGAGCAACCCGCAGGUGGUGCUGGGGCCCAGUCGGGGGAGCAGAACCACAGUCCGCCUUGAGAGCACCCUUUACCUUCCUGAGCUCUCUCUCUCUAGACUGUCCAGUGCCACUCCUCCCCCAUCCUAUGAGGAGGUGACUGCACCCCAGGAGAGCAGCAGUGAGGAGGCAAGUGUCACUUACAGUGACCCACCCCCAAAGUAUGAGGAGAUAGUGGCUGCCAACCCUGGCUCAGACAAGUAAUGGGACUUGUGAAAGAGGUAUGAAAACCUCUUUCAGGGGUCUCCUAUUUUCUUUUUAACUUUUUAAAGACUGUGCCACCACAAAACAGCCUUAGCCUCCUUGUUGCCAAAUAAUUUCCUAACCGUGGAUUUGUAGGAAGUCAGUUGUCAGGUGGAGGGGUGUAGGGAGCACACAUGCCCCUGGAAAGAGCUACAGGCCAGAGAGCCCAGCUCUUCCAGAAGCCCCCUUUGUCUCUCCAUCCUGUCCUUCUGUCAGGGACUGGCUUCUCUUAUGCCAAAGGAAUCACCCCAUGGAAUUGACUGUGGCCAGAAUGUCCAUAAGCUUGGGCCCUGGGGCCGCACAGCUGGCUGAAGACCUGUCUGUGUCUGGAAGCCUAAGCCACAGAAAUGACAGAGAGGAGCCAGCCCUUCAACUCCAUUUCCCCCCAGCAGUCCUGUGCUUACUGUCCUGGCUCACAUUUUGAGGACAAGAACAGGACUGAACAAAACACAAACAAAAAGAGUUAUAACAAAUAAAUGACGAACACAAUAAACCAAAACACUAUAACCUAGGCCAUUCAUAGGAGGCCAAGGGAAAUCAAUCUCACAGAUCUGUGAUGCUUCUCUCCUCCAAUGCCCACCCCCCAUCCUCCUGACCAGGUUAAAAUGAAUGUUUAGAGUAACCUGGAAGGAGGACAGGGUGUGUGAAGGGUGAGGGGUAGGGACCUGGCUGGCAGAGCUGCCUCCUCCAGAUUGAGCAAAGGGGCCUGCGUGAACUUUGCCAUCCUGGAGUGGUAGCUCUGGUUCUGGUGUGCUUGGUCUCUCCCAGGUCUUGGCUCUUCAGACAUAUGCACUGGCUGUGCUAAAACUGCUACCUAUUGGCAUGAGUCCAAUCAUGGCCCUGGGAAAACCUAUCUGGCUGCCUCUGCCUGCAGAGUCCCUGGCCUCUGAAUGGUUGGGGCACAGGCUGGGGCAGACAGCUGAAGUUUUCUCCUCAUAAGGUUGAUUGUCCCAUAGCACAUCUACACCCAUGAACUUGGCCUCCUCAGCACUGUGCUCUCUGGUUUUGAACUUUUGGGAUACUUCCCUUUUCAUGAGUAGGUGAAUUGAGUUGAAUUUGAACUUUAGAUGGCUUAUUUUUUCUUAAUGAUGGUGCCCACCUGGGAAGAAGAUCCUAAAAUGUCCCAUUUUAGAAAUUUCUUUGCGAGGGAGAUGGGGAAGCCCAUGACCUGGGGUAGAAGGCCCAUCCAGGACUUGCCCUGUCAUUGCCAGGUGCUGGCCUGUUUUUAUUAACCCCUUUCUGUGGCCCAAGAGCUGUCCACCUUUCCAUUUCAGUGAGGUUUUGGACAGCAAUGGGGGCAGAGGUGACCUAUCUUUAACUGUCAAUGACCACACAAAAGACCGUCGACACCUUGUCCCCCAACCCUUCAUCUCUCUAUCCUCUUGGCCUUGGCGCCAAACCAUUUUUCCUCUGUGGUGCUUUUUAAAAUGUAGCAAAUUUUUGUGGAGCCCAAAAGAGUGCAUAGCCAGGGUCUCUUGGCAACCACAGCAGUUUAAAACCCACUGAGAAGACAAGCUCCUUUCUGUUUAAACAGCUCUCCAAGGCAGGCAUCGGGCCUUUUUGUUUGAAUGCAGCCCUGCCUGUGGCCACAGAUAACAUCUGGAGGCCCCUUCAGUCUUGGACACUUGCCCUGAGACUUGCUUCAAGUCAGGAGGCUUGUGAUCUUAUCCCAGUGAGGCCACCAAUUUGGACAACUUGACCUUGUGGUUGGGGUUUUUCAUCCUUCCCCCUACCUCACAGGACUAUAUGGAGGUUGACUGAGCUAAUGCCUGUGUAGUAUGGUUUGCCCUUAGGAAGAUUCUUCUAGAAAUGUGUAGGUUAUAGGGAACCAUCUUAGUGGAGGCCUUCAUGUGACUCUGAUAUUGAGUCUCAACCUGGGGAAUCAGUCUCCUGCCAGUCGACCCUUUCUGUUCCCUCUCCCCACCCCACCCCCCAUCCCUGAGAGCUCCCUGGUGCCAGAGGUGCUGACCAGGUGGCAUUCCAACUUUCUUUCCUUCUUUGUUUCCUCCCUCUGGAUCUCUAGCACUACACUCCUACCCUUCUUCACAAAGGCAUUUUUGGCCCAGAAAGCCCAUGCUUUUUCCAUGAUGGAGGCUGGGGUCAAUCCCAUUUGGCCCUGUUAGAAAACCUGAGGCAGUCUGAAACUCUGGGGCCAGCCCCUGCCCUCUCAGCAUUUUCUUGGGCUGGUGCCUGUGUGUGACAUGGGAGAAGACACUUACCCCUAUGUGUCUCCUCUCCACUGAGCAGAGGGCCAGGCAUAGGCCCCAUCGACCAGAGCCAAGGAAUGCCUGCUGCCUUUGGCAUCUAUUGAGCCCUUCCUUACUGAGCUGCCAGAUAUUUGCAGCUGGGUGGAGACAGAAUAGAUAUGGAAGCAGGAACUUGGCCCAAUGGAGGGUGGCACAUGUCCUUCAGGCGCUGAGCACAGAUUUACAGGGAGAGCUCACUCAGAGGCAUUUCCUUAAGGCCCUGUGCUCUCUGGUUCAGGUGCUUAACAGCAUUCUUCUGGGUGGGCUUGCCACCAUGGUCUCUGGGACGUUUUUUGCAGUAUAUUGUAGAAAAAGACUGUACAGUCCACAAUGGUCAUCAUUCCUCGCGGUGCACAUUUGGCUUUUAUGAAUGCUCUGUACAUAUCUUUCAAACUCUGUCUUUGUAUGGACAUAGAUUUGAUACAAUGCUAACGCUGCAGUAGCCACAUCUUUGUUGUUUUUAGACUUGUGUGUGUGUGUGUGUGUGUGUGUGUGUGUGUGUGUACUCUUGUGCACAUUGCCUUUUCUCACAUGCUUAUCUGAAACAAUAGCCGGUGUGUGGCUAUAUUUAUACCAGGAAGGAGGGCUCCCGUCUGAAAGGGAGGAAUGUCCCCUCCCGGGGACUGGGUAGCCUGAUGACAGGGCCCUGAAGAGGAAAGCUGAGAUUUGCUGUCGGAGCCCCCCAAAGUUGUCACCUUUUACCCCCACUCACAAAAAAACAUUGGAAGAAGACGAAGCAGCUCCAUCCUGGGUGCCUUCGCCUGCUGGGAUUCCCAACUCACAUGCCUUUUUUAUUUGGUGCCCCUGGCCUUUCCUGUUUUGUGGGCAUCAGCAGCUGAAGGAAAUAUGAAUGCUCCCGAGACUUUUAAUUUUUAAUUUUUUUGGUGGAAGGAUGUGUGACUUUUGACUUUGGGAAGGGCGGGGCUAGUUAUUCAGAUAUUUUUCAUUAACAAAGAAAAGGCUUUAAAAAUUCCUUGAAAAAUGACUGUCACUCGUUUUCAACCAAAAACUUUCUAAGAAUUUUUAAAACAGGAGUCACAAUCUUGUCCCUUCCCUGCUGCUCCCCAUCACCCAGGGUUUUCAAACCAAAAGCACAAGAGAAAGAGUGGAGCUCACAGGUGCCCAGCUGACAUGCACAGCAUUAGCAUUGUACCCUGGCUGAUGGAAAUGCAACUGAAAGCCAGGGACCUCCUCUUCUACUUGCCAAUCCCACUGCCAUUUGUGUGAAUUCCUUAGGGUGCUCUGGAAGACAGGAAUCUGGCUGAUUUGUUGGACGUUGUCUUUUUUGUAGCCAGAAUAUGAGGAAUUCAGGACAGGAAAGUGUCUGUUAGGAGUUGGAGCCAGAUGGUUCCUCUCUGGCUGGCUGGGAUUUGAUCUUUUGACAACCAAAUGGCAUCCCAUGAGAAGAAGAAAAAACAACACUGCCUCUAGAUUGUUCUUUUAUCUGAGAGAGAUCAUCAAGAGAGACUCACUCACCUGCGCUCUGUCUUUCUAGGAGUAUGUAGUUGUGCUAUGUCUCAUGUGUGUGCCCUCGUGGUCAAAGCCAAGAUGGAGAGCUGGGCAGCAGAGCUGCUGGUGUAGGGUGCUUUUCAGCUUGACAAGUAAUGAAGUUCCAUUUCAGGAUUACGCUGAUUCAGAAACAAGCACAUCCUCCCCACUGAACUCUCCUCAUACUAUUUAGUAUAAUUAGCUAAUUUAAAAGUACUGUAAUCAGACCGCCUGCAACUAUAGUAAAAAGCCCAUUAACUUGAAGCCCACUAAUUUAGAACUUAGAGAAAAUCACGACUGAAGAUAAUUCAUGGUAUCUGCAAUUCUUGCUCUGUAGAAAUGUUUGAAGUACUCUUCCCCUUAGUCAAUUUCCAGGGUCAUAUGCGUAAGAGGGAUCUAGUAUAUAAUGAGUACCUUUUUCAAAUAAAAGGCUCAGGAUAUCAACGAUCCCUGCACCGUGCCUUCAGCUUUGGGGGUUCAGCAAUUCUCAUAUGUAAGGCUCUUUCUGUACUGGAUGAUCGCUUGUUCUCUCUCCAUCAUGGGGAUGUUGGGUAUUGCAGCUUUUCAUUCUACUCCUUUAUUCACCUUGGAAUCAUAUAGUUUGUGAACUACACUGCAAUUUAAAGUAAUAUAACCGUGUAUCUUGCUAAAUAUUCUGUAAAGCAGAUGCUUUGCUAUUAGACUGGCCGUUCCCAUCAUUCGCCGCCCCCAAAUAUUCAAAGGGAGCGUUUCCUUUCACAGGCUGUGGGCGGUGAGUCUCUCUCUAGCAAGAAUUUCUCUGACAAAGAUAUCCAAACAGCACACCCCCUCAGGCUCAAUGCCUCAACAGUUGUUCCACUGUACUGAGAUAUCUGCCCAUUGAACAGUGCCUGCUCUGCUCCCGCCCCCAGCCUGAGCAUUAACACAGAUAUUCAAGAUUGGGAUAAAUCCCACAGCUGCUUUUGCCUUCAAAUCCAUCUCCCCUUGUGGAUGCCACUUUCCCAGGCCUGAACACACCUGCUAUUUCACUCUGUGAUUGUGAAUUUGUGAUAGUGGAAACUCCUAUGUGCAACUGAGCUUAUAGACAUGAUUACUGUGAAAUGGAUUAAUUUUGGUACCACUUUAAACUGUGCUCUUAUUCAUGUGUUGACCCAUGUCAGCUGGGAAAUCUGUGCAUUCAGUAAUAGAUCAGGAUUUCACUGGAGCCUGGGGGCAACAAACAAACUUGCUUCUGAUCUCUUUCUCUGUCUCUGUCUCUCUCAUUGUAAUUAUUGAGUUUAGCUGUUAAAUUUUGUCUCUUUCUGUACAAGAUAAUGAAUAAUAAUAAAGA